CCUGAUGAGAAGUGGAUCCUUUUUGAUGGCCCCGUUGACACAUUGUGGAUUGAGAGCAUGAACUCAGUCAUGGAUGACAACAAAGUGCUGACGCUGAUCAAUGGUGAGAGGAUUGCCAUGCCUGAGCAGGUGUCUUUGUUGUUUGAGGUGGAAAACCUUGCAGUAGCCUCUCCUGCCACAGUCUCCCGGUGUGGAAUGGUGUACACAGAUUACAGCGACUUGGGCUGGAAGCCAUACGUCCUUUCCUGGAUUGAGAAGCGCCCAAAGGCUGAAGUGGAAACCCUGCAGCGUAUGUUUGACAAAUUCACCAAUAAGAUCCUGAACUUCAAGAAGGAGAACUGCCAGGAGCUUGUCCCCAUCUCUGAAUACAGCGGGAUUGUGGCUCUCUGCAAACUCUUCUCAUCCCUGACCUCUUCAGAGGAAGGGCUGAAUCCCACAGACAGUGAAAACUACACAACGGUGGUGGAAAUGUAUUUCAUCUUCAGCUUGAUAUGGUCCCUUUGUGCAGCAGUGGAUGAGGAAGGUCGGAAGAAGAUAGACAAUUUCCUUCGAGAGAUGGAAGGCUCCUUCCCUAACAAGGACACUGUCUACGAGUAUUAUGUUGACCCCAAGCGGAAGCAGUGGUCUUCUUUUGAAGAUAAGCUCCCCAAGAUGUGGCGAUACCCACCCCAUGCUCCCUUCUAUAAGAUCAUUGUCCCAACUGUGGAUACCAUGCGAUACAACUACCUUGUCAACGCCCUCAUAUCCAACCAGAACCCAGUGUUGCUCGUCGGCCUGGUGGGCACAGGGAAGACCUCUAUUGCACAGGGUGUUCUUCAGUCCCUUGACAGCACCAAGUGGGCCGUGCUGGUCAUCAACAUGUCCGCACAGACAACCUCAAACAAUGUCCAGAGCAUCAUUGAGAGCCGUGUAGAGAAGCGCACCAAAGGUGUCUAUGUGCCCUUGGGUGGGAAGAGCAUGAUAACCUUCAUGGAUGACCUUAAUAUGCCUGCCAAGGAUCAGUUUGGCUCCCAACCCCCACUGGAGCUGCUCCGUCUUUGGCUGGACUAUGGCUUCUGGUAUGACCGGUCUAAGCAGACCAUCAAGUAUGUCAAGGACAUGUUCCUGAUGGCAGCCAUGGGACCCCCUGGAGGAGGGCGCACAGUGAUAUCCAGCCGACUUCAGAGCCGCUUCAACCUCAUCAACAUGACCUUCCCCACAGAUUCCCAAAUCCGGCGCAUCUUUGGCACCAUGAUAAACCAGAAGUUGCAAAACUUUGAUGAGGCAGUGAAGCCCAUUGGAAACGUCAUAACCGAGGCCACGAUGGAGCUCUACAACAGUGUUGUCCAGAAGUUCCUGCCUACCCCGGCCAAGAUCCACUACCUCUUCAACCUGCGCGACAUUUCCAAGGUGUUUCAAGGCAUGCUGCGGGCCCACAAGGACUUCCACGAUACCAAAGCCAGCCUCACACGUCUCUGGCUUCAUGAGUGCUUCAGGGUUUUCUCUGACCGUCUGGUGGAUGCUGCAGACAUGGAGGCCUUUGUGGUCCUCUUGAGUGAGAAGCUGGGCUCAUUCUUUGACCUGACCUUUCACAACCUCUGUCCCAACAAGCGCUCCCCCAUCUUUGGGGACUUCAUGCGCAAUGUGUACGAAGACCUGACAGACAUGGGUGUCCUGAAGGCAGAGAUGGAGCGUGCACUGGGUGAUUACAACCGGACGCCGGGCAUGGUGCCCAUGAGACUGGUGCUUUUCCGUGAUGCAAUUGAACACAUAACCCGUAUUGUCCGGGUGAUCAGUCAGCCACGAGGGAACAUGCUGCUGGUGGGCAUUGGAGGCAGUGGGCGCCAGAGCCUGGCACGCUUGGCCUCAUCCAUCUGCGAAUACUACACCUUCCAGAUCGAGGUCUCCAGGCAAUAUCGGAAACAAGAAUUCAGGGAAGAUGUCAAGAAGCUCUACCGUCAGACAGGAGUAGACCUGAAGCCCACUACCUUCCUCUUUGUGGACACCCAGAUUGCAGAUGAGUGCUUCCUGGAGGACAUCAACAACAUCCUCAGCUCUGGGGAGGUGCCCAACCUCUACAAGCCAGAUGAAUUUGAGGAGAUCCAAAACAACAUCAUUGAUGCGGCUCGAAAAGAGGGCAUCCAGGAAAGCCAAGACAGUCUCUUUGCCUACCUCAUUGAACGGGUGCGGAACAACCUCCAUGUUGUGCUGUGCCUGAGCCCCGUGGGUGAUCCUUUCAGGAACUGGAUUCGCCAGUACCCUGCCCUGGUGAACUGCACCACCAUAGACUGGUUCUCUGAAUGGCCCAAGGAGGCACUGCUGGAGGUGGCAGAGAAGUACUUGGAGGGCGUUGACCUGGGAAGCGUGGAGCGGGGAAGUCUAGAUACGAUGCAAAAGCGAGUGGCUAAAAUCUUUGUCACCAUGCACUGGUCUGUGGCCAGGUACUCGAAGAAGAUGAUGCUGGAACUUCGGCGCCAUAAUUAUGUCACCCCUACCAACUACCUGGAGCUAGUCUCUGGCUACAAGAAGCUCCUAGCAGAGAAGCGGAAAGAGCUGUCAGACCAAGCCAACAAGCUCUCCAAUGGUCUCUUCAAAAUCGACGAGACUCGUGAGAAAGUGGAGGUGAUGACGCUGGAGCUGGAGGAGGCUCGGAAGAAGGUUGCAGAAUUUCAGAAGCAGUGUGAGGAAUAUCUGGUCAUCAUUGUCCAGCAGAAGCGAGAGGCUGAUGAGCAGCAGAAGACAGUGACUGCAAACAGUGAGAAGAUUGCUGCCGAGGAGAUCAAGUGCAAAUUAUUGGCUGACAAUGCUCAGAAGGACUUGGAGGAGGCCCUACCUGCUCUGGAAGAGGCCGUGAAGGCUUUGGAAUCACUGAACAAAAAGGACUUGACUGAGAUCAAGUCAUACGGCCGCCCUCCCACCUUGGUGGAGACUGUUAUGCAAGCUGUCAUGAUCUUGCGAGGGAAUGAACCCACGUGGGCAGAAGCCAAGAAGCAGCUGGGUGAGCCUAACUUCAUUAAGCAACUAGUCUACUUCGACAAGGAUAACAUUUCCGAUAAAGUGCUCAAGAAGAUCAGUGCUUACUGCUCACAGCCGGACUUCCAGCCGGACAUCAUCGGACGGGUCUCGUUGGCCGCCAAGUCCCUCUGUAUGUGGGUGCGAGCUAUGGAGAUGUAUGGUCGUAUUUACCGAGUGGUAGAGCCCAAGCGUAUUCGGAUGAAUGCUGCCCUGGCCCAGCUGGCAGAGAAGCAGGCUGCCCAGGCCGAGGCCCAAGAGAGGCUCCGGGAGGUGGCUGAAAAACUGGAGAUGCUCAAGAGAGAGUAUGAGGAGAAGCUGGCACAGAAAGAGGAGCUACGCAGGAAGUCAGAAGAGAUGGAGAUCAAGCUGGACCGGGCGGACAAACUGGUGUCGGGCCUAGCUGGAGAGAAGAUCCGGUGGGAAGAAACCCUCAAGGGCCUUGAGGAAGACCUGGGCUACUUGGUGGGUGACUGCCUUGUGGCAGCAGCAUUUCUAUCCUACAUGGGGCCCUUCUUGUCGAAUUACCGGGAAGAGCUUGUUUCUCACAUCUGGAUCAAGCAGAUCCGUGAGCUUCAAGUGCCCUGCUCCCCUUACUUCACGUGUGACAGCUUCCUCAGCAACCCAACGGUGGUGCGCACAUGGAAUAUCCAAGGGCUGCCAUCAGAUAACUUCUCUACAGAGAAUGGGAUCAUUGUCACUCGAGGCAACCGGUGGCCUCUGAUGAUUGACCCCCAGGGCCAGGCCACAAAAUGGAUCAAGAAUAUGGAAUUAAAGAAAGGCCUAAAGAUCAUCGACUUACAGAUGCCCGACUACCUGCGCAUCCUAGAGAUAGCCAUCCGGCAUGGCUCUCCAGUACUGCUGAAGAAUGUGCAAGAGGAGCUUGACCCGACACUGGCCCCCAUCCUCAACAAAUCCGUCACCAGAGUGGGUGGACGCUUGCUGAUAAGGAUCGGGGACAAGGAGGUGGAUUACCACCCUGAAUUCCGCUUCUACCUAACCACCAAGCUGUCCAACCCACACUACACUCCAGAAACCUCCUCCCAGACCACCAUUGUCAACUUUGCUGUCAAAGAGCAGGGACUGGAGUCUCAACUUCUGGGCAUCGUGGUGCGAAGAGAAAGGCCUGAGUUGGAAGAGCAGAAGGACCACCUGGUGCUCAACAUUGCAGCUGGAAAAAGGAAGCUGAAGGAGCUGGAGGACGAGAUCCUGAGGUUGCUGAAUGAAGCAACAGGCUCCCUCUUGGAUGAUGUGCAGCUCGUGAACACUCUGCAGACCUCCAAGAUCACUGCCACUGAGGUCACGGAGCAAUUGGAGACCAGUGAGACAACUGAGAUUAAAAUUGACACAGCUCGGGAGGGCUAUCGUCCAUGUGCUCAGAGAGCGUCCAUCCUCUUCUUUGUCCUCAAUGACAUGGGCAGGAUCGACCCCAUGUACCAGUUCUCCCUUGAUGCCUACAUUGACCUGUUCAACCUCAGCAUCACCAAGAGCCACCGGAGUGCCAAGCUGGACGAGAGAAUCCGCUUCCUCAAUGAAUAUCACACUUACGCUGUCUACAGGUACACCUGCCGGGGCCUCUUUGAACGACACAAGUUGCUCUUCAGCUUCCAGAUGUGUGCCAAAAUCCUGGAAGUCUCUGGCAACCUCAAGAUGGAUGAAUAUAACUUCUUCCUGCGUGGAGGAGUGGUGCUCGACAGGGAAGGGCAGAUGGACAAUCCCUGCACAAGCUGGUUAGCCGAUACCUACUGGGACAACAUCACUGAGCUGGACAAGCUCACCAACUUCCAUGGCAUCAUGAACUCUUUUGAGCAAUACCCUCGUGACUGGAACCUAUGGUACACCAGCUCCAAGCCGGAGAAAGCCAUGCUGCCAGGUGAAUGGGAGAACUCCUGCAACCAGAUGCAGCGGAUGCUGAUUGUCCGGUCUUUGCGUCCAGACCGUGUGGCUUUCUGCGUCACAGGAUUCAUAGUCUCCAACUUGGGCUCCCAGUUCAUCGAACCGCCUGUGCUUAACAUGAGAUCAGUGGUGGAUGACUCCACAACAAAGACCCCACUGAUCUUUGUGUUGUCCCCUGGUGUUGAUCCCACGUCCGCCCUCCUUCAGCUGGCAGAGCAGUCGGGCAUGUCCCAGCGCUUCCAUGCCCUCUCGCUGGGCCAGGGCCAGGCACCUAUUGCCACUCGCAUGAUUAAAGACGGCGUCCGUCAGGGUAACUGGGUCUUCCUGGCCAAUUGUCACCUCUCCCUCUCCUGGAUGCCUCAGCUGGACAAGCUGGUGGAUCAACUGCAGGUAGAGGAGCCGCAUCCGUCCUUCCGCCUGUGGCUCAGCUCAAGCCCCCACCCCGACUUCCCCAUCUCCAUCUUACAAGCUGGCAUCAAGAUGACAACGGAGCCUCCCACGGGCUUGAAAGCUAAUAUGAAGCGCCUCUACCAACUCAUCACGGAGCCCCAGUUCAACCGCUGCACCAAGCCGACCAAGUACAAGAAACUACUCUUUGCCCUCUGCUUCUUCCACAGUGUUCUGCUGGAACGCAAGAAGUUCUUGCAGUUGGGCUGGAACAUCAUUUAUGGCUUCAAUGACUCAGACUUUGAGGUGUCUGAGAACCUCCUGAGCCUCUACCUGGAUGAGUAUGAGGAGACGCCCUGGGAUGCCCUCAAAUACCUGAUUGCAGGCGUCAAUUACGGGGGCCACGUGACAGAUGACUGGGACCGCCGACUCCUGACCACUUAUAUCAAUGACUACUUCUGCGAGCAAAGCAUCGCCGCCCCUUUGUACAAGCUCUCUGCGCUGGACGCCUAUUACAUCCCUAAGGAUGGCAACCUAGCCUCUUACAAGGAAUACAUCACUCUACUGCCUGGCAUGGAUGCCCCGGAGGCCUUUGGCCAGCACCCCAAUGCUGACGUGGCCUCCCAAAUCACAGAAGCCAGAACACUUUUCGAAACCCUGCUUUCCCUACAGCCCCAGACAACACCCACUGGAGUGCCUGGGCAGAGCCGUGAAGAUAAGGUACUGGAGCUCUCAGCUGACGUGCGCAGUAAGAUCCCAGAGGAGAUUGACUACGAGGGCACCAGCAAGGUCCUCUCCACUGACCCUUCCCCACUGAACGUGGUCUUGCUGCAGGAGAUCCAGCGUUACAACUCUUUGCUGCAGGUCAUCAGUUCCUCUCUGAUAGAACUGGAGAAGGGCAUCCAAGGCCUGGUGGUCAUGUCAACAGACCUUGAGGAGAUCUUCAACUGCAUAUUUGAUGCCCGCGUGCCCCCCAUUUGGGAAAGGGCCUAUCCAUCCCAGAAGCCGCUAGCCGCCUGGACCCGGGACCUGGGCCUCCGCGUGGAACAGUUUGCCCGCUGGGCAAAUACCGCUCACCCUCCCGUGCUUUUCUGGCUCUCUGGUUUUACGUUUCCUACUGGGUUCCUGACUGCUGUGUUGCAAGCUGCCGCUCGCCAGAACAAUAUCUCAGUUGAUACUCUCUCUUGGGAAUUCAUUGUCUCCACUGUAGAUGACAACAACCUGGUGUAUCCACCCAAGGAAGGAGUCUGGGUCCGAGGUCUCUACCUGGAGGGUGCCGGCUGGGACAAGAAGAACUCCUGCCUGAUGGAAGCUUUGCCCAUGCAACUGGUCUGCCCCAUCCCCACCAUCCACUUCAAACCAGUGGAGUACAAGAAGAAGAGCGGCAAAGGGAUGUACUCCUGCCCUUGCUACUAUUACCCUAACCGGGCUGGCACUUCCGGGCGACCCUCUUUUGUCAUUGGCGUUGACCUGCGGUCCGGAACAAUGACCUCCGACCACUGGAUCAAACGGGGCACUGCCUUGCUGAUGAGUCUGGAUAGCUGAAGAUAAACCUCCCCUUUCUACUUCUCCAGGAAAAAAACUUUCCUCUUUUGACUUUUCCCAGAUUUAUUUCCCCCUGCUCCCAUUAUUGUUCUAGUUAAAAUUAAAUAGUUAUUUUGUUCAAUGCA